CAUGCAGCAUGUUACCGGAGCUCACAUGGCUCUGGGUCUAGUUGUCAGUGCAGGUGAGAGAAGAGCCGGUGAUCAUCAUGGCUGAGGAUGUGUCUGUAUCAGAGGAGACUUUGACAAGUGCUCUGACUCUGAUGGUCAACUUGGGCAAAGUCCUUCUACAGAAUGCCAAGCAGGAGGCAGAAGACUCCCUGGAGAAGUUUGUCCCAUACAAGAUCACCACUUUGCUGGGCCUGAUCAAAGCCGGAGCAGACUUCUACAAAAGCCUCGGAGUGAAGAAGAAGAGUGAAGCAGAGGACAUAUGGAAGAAGUUUUAUCAUCAUGCAGAGGUGAGAGAUCAGGUGGAGGAACUUCUGCAGCUGGAGAGUGAGUGGGACUCCUUCCUGGAGAGCGUGGACAGAGAUCUGCAGACGUCAGACGGACAGCUGUCAGGAGGAAAGACGGCCGACAGCCUGAGCCCUGAUACUCCGUUCACUGAUGGACGGACUGGAAAGAGUGUGACUCUGGGUCAGUACCUGGAUCAGGGUCAGAAGCCUCUGCUGGUCCUCAUCAGACAUUUCGGAUGACUGCCGUGACGAGACCACGUGGCCGAGCUGGAGGCCGGGCAGGCCGGCCUGGAGGCUCGGUCAGUGCGGGUCUUGGUGGUUUCAUUCGGCGGUGUGGAGGGAGCUCAGGUGUGGCUGGAGCAGACUGGAUGUACCUUUGACAUGCUGCUGGAUCCACAGAGGAAGGUAUACAGGAGUUUUGGCCUCGGCUCGUCCUACGCCAAGGUGAUGAGUUUUGGCUGCCUGCUGCUGUACUCUGAGUACGGAGCUAUGGACAGAGACUUCCCAGACGUCCCCACUCACCUGCUAGAGGACAUCUACCAGAUGGGAGGUGACUUUUUGCUUGAUGAAGCAGGGAAGGUCCUUCUUUCUCACCCAUCUAAAAAUCCGAUGGACAGGCCAAGUCUGAAGACCAUCCUGCAGGUCGUCGACCCGUCAGGCUGCUCCACCGACGCUCAAAAGUAACAUUGAUAUGCUUUGAAAGAUAUGUGGAGACACACUGAGUCUGGGGUUGAUCAGGGUUACUUUUUUUUUUAUACCACAUCACUGACACCGCAGAGGAAGAGCAGCUCUUUGACUCGCAUUUAUGACGUCACGUCUCGCACUCAUGACACCAUGAAGAAAUGUGACUGAUGCAGAACCGUAAAGCAAAGACAGCUGAUCUCCUUUGUUGUGUCAGUGAUGGGAUGGGAGGAUUUUUAAAUCAGCAAUACUACUGGAUUACAGUGUGAUUCAAUAGGAAGUUAAUUUUAUAUAAUAUAAAUGUUAUUUAACUUUAAAAAAAAAUUAUAUUUUUAGCAAUUUGAUGUAAACUGUAAUGUUCUUAAGGCUCUACUUUAAAGGUGCAUUAUGCAGCUUUGGGUUCUGGCGGCCCUAAGUGGCAGUGAGAGGUAAUAUUUUUAAGGGACAAAUCACUACAAUACCAAGGAACAACUUCCGGGUCUGAAAAGUGAAGCCAAUGCUGAAGUGCCUUAAACUUGCAUUCUUUCUAACAGCCAGCAGGGGGCGACUCCUCUGGUUGCAAAAAGAAGUCUGAUUGUAUUGUCUAUGAGAA